CACAAAAAGCAAAAGCUGAGCUACUCUUCUUCUUCGUUCACAGAGAGAGAGAGAGAGAGAGAAUUUUCUUUUCUGAGUUUUGAGCUCUCCAAAUAAUUUUCCCGGAGGAGGUUCUGGUUCCUUCAUCAGAGCCAAAUUUUCCGUGAAAACGCUCCGUCAUCGUGUGCAUUGUUCAAAGAAAGGGCUUGAAACCAGAAUCUCGGCAUUGUGUUAUCUGUGGCUUUAGGUUAGCGUCGAUUUUUUUUUUUGUUUUUGUCCGCUACAUGAAUCAAGGUUUCUCAGUUUUGUCGUCUUUUGUUUGGAUUUCUUGCUUCCGUUUCUAUUCUGCCUUUGGAUUGAUUGGGCACGAAGUCAAGAACCAGGUACGAUGAUGCUCUAUUCAUCCAUCGAACUUCUCGAGAAGCUCCUAGGGUUUUGCUGGGGAGAGUUUUGGUCGGUUUAAGACACAUGAAUGGCGAGUAUGGAAAGGAUUGUGGAACUGAAGAGACUUCCUUCUAGUAAAGUUCCUGUUUCAGGACAGCUUUCCAAAGCCUACAUAGACUUGGAAAGCAGCCGAGACACAAUGGUUCAAGUAACCGGUAUGAAAUUUGACCCGGUGCGGGAACGAGCAGGGCGCUAUGCAGGCAAAGCUGUGACCGGACCAACCACAUUAGGGAGAGAGCUGAGCCAAGUGCUGAAUGGUCCAGCCAGAGAAGAGGUGCUUCGAUUCGGUAAUGUUAAAGAGUUGAGGGAUUUGGAGCCGCCUAUGUCCGUUAGGACGAUGAAAGGGAAGUACCCUUUGCUUGAGAUUGAGGAAUACAUGGCCGAAGACAUUACUUGUAAGGAAAGCAAUGAUUUGUCCGAGGACGCUGGUUCUAGCUCCUUCUCUGGGGCAAGUCAUCCUCCAGAACCGGUCGAUAUGGAUCUUAUAACAACGGUGUAUGUGCCCAUCGGACAGAACAAACCUGAUUCAGUUUGCCUGAUGAAGAGCUUGUCUUCCAAAGGACCAUUCUUUGAGGAUGUCUCGGUCUCCGCACCUACAAAAAAGACAAACUCGGCAAUACUUUCACCUGAAGAAAGCAUAGUCGAGGAACCAAACGAACACGUGCCAUCUCUUUCCCCAUUCUCGAUGGCUCGUGCAUCACAGAACACAGACAUCUCUCUGCUACCGCCAGAUUCAGAGAGGGAGUGCAUUUGGGACACUUCUCUCCCUCCCAGCGGCAAUGUCAGCCCCCUUAGCAGUGUCGACAGUAUGAACUUUGCCCGAGCUAUGAGCAUUGCCAACAGUUCUUCUGCGAGCACAAACCGGAGCGAUGUUGUGAUUUGUAUGGAUAAAAUCUACUCUGAUAGUACAAAAGGGAGCAUGAGUAUGGUCGGGGACUCAUUCGAAAGCGCUAAGACGAGCGCCAGCAGAGCCAGUGAAAGCAGUGGGCUAAGUGACGAGAGCAGUUGGAGCAAUUUUACGGGAGGGGCUAACAAGCCUCACAAAGGGAACGACCCGAGGUGGAAGGCCAUCUUGGCCAUCUGGGCUCGAGAUGGGAUUUUGGGAAUGAGCCAUUUCAAGUUGCUGAAAAGGCUAGGUUGUGGCGAUAUCGGGAGCGUCUAUCUGUCGGAGUUGAGUGGCACAAGGUGUCAUUUUGCGAUGAAAGUGAUGGAUAAAGCUUCUCUCGAGAGCCGGAAGAAGUUGAAUAGGGCUCAGACGGAGAGGGAGAUUCUACAGCUCUUGGACCAUCCGUUUCUCCCGACUUUGUACACCCAUUUCGAGACGGACAGAUUCUCGUGCUUGGUCAUGGAGUACUGUCCCGGUGGUGAUCUCCACACAUUAAGGCAACGUCAACCCGGCAAGCAUUUCUCAGAGUACGCUGCUCGGUUUUAUGCAGCAGAGGUGCUGUUAGCGCUCGAGUAUCUCCACAUGCUCGGCGUAGUCUACAGGGAUCUGAAACCGGAGAACGUUUUGGUUCGGGAAGAUGGCCACAUAAUGCUUUCGGACUUCGAUCUCUCCCUCAGAUGCGCGGUUUCCCCGACACUGAUACGAACGUUUGACUCCGAUCCAUCGAGACGGGCAUUCUGUGUUCAACCUGCUUGCAUGGAGCCGUCAUCAGCAUCAUCAUGCAUCCAACCAUCAUGCUUCAUACCCAGAAUUUUCCCUCAGAAAGGCAAGAAGAACAAGUCACGUAAAAACCAAACGGAACUCUACAGAUCGCAUUCCGGUGCGCUCCCGGAGCUCGUGGCGGAACCCAACACGAGAUCCAUGUCCUUUGUGGGGACUCAUGAGUACUUGGCUCCAGAAAUCAUCAAAGGAGAAGGGCAUGGGAGUGCAGUGGAUUGGUGGACAUUCGGGAUAUUCUUACACGAGCUACUAUACGGGAAGACGCCGUUCAAAGGGUCGGGAAAUAGGGCGACUCUGUUCAAUGUAGUGGGAGAGGAGCUGAAAUUCCCCGAGUCACCGGCGACCAGCUAUGCGAGCAGGGACCUGAUACAGGCAUUGCUGGUGAAAGACCCUCGUAACAGGCUAGGGACGAAGAGGGGGGCGACUGAGAUAAAGCAACAUGCUUUCUUCGAAGGAGUGAACUGGGCAUUGAUACGGUGCAGCACUCCGCCGGAGGUGCCCAGGCCGACGGAGGGAUCGGCCGAACAGCCACCGCCCAAAUACGGGCCAAUCGAUCCUGUGGGGUUCGGGAGCAACAGCAAAAGGAUGGCGGGACCGGCCGACAUGAAAUCCGGCGGUAAAUUCCUAGACUUCGAGUUCUUCUAGGCUUACUUUGGGGGUGGGGGGGUUAAGUUGGGCUAGCGUAUAAUUACAUCAAGGGGGGUAUUUUAGUCUUUUUUUUUUUAAUAUUUUGUUUGAUAGCCAUACAUAUCAAAGAGUAACAUCAUGUUAGAUUUGGUUGCUGUUCUUGUUCCAUCAAAAAAACACCAUUGUAUUAACGCGGAAAGCUAAAA